AUGGCUCCCACACAGCGGAGAGGUCCCUGGGUCCCGGAAGAGGACCAAGAAUUGCUCCAGCUGGUCCGCACCCAGGGCCCAAAUAAUUGGGUUCGAAUCUCUCAGCAUAUGAAAUAUCGAUCUCCAAAGCAGUGCAGGGAGCGCUUCCACCAGAACCUGAAGCCCUCGUUGAAUCACGACCCCAUCACUCCUGAAGAAGGAUUGAUGAUCGAACGCAUGGUGAACGAGAUGGGCAAGCGGUGGGCGGAGAUCGCCAGAAGACUGGGGAACCGAAGCGAUAACGCCGUCAAGAACUGGUGGAACGGCAGCAUGAACCGAAAGAAGAGACGGCUUGCUCCCACCCGAGAACCCGCUUCCCGAAUAUUCAAUGGUCGAGUCGAGCCUCCUUACCCCAGGAGCCCCGUUAGCCCACAGUUCAGACAGGCACAGCUCCGUGACGGUCAGGCGCCGUGGCUGCUGACCGAUUGCCCUCAAAGCGCUCGAGCCUCCAUUUAUAUCCGUGAGGACUGGCCGAGAGAACGGUCCUCUCCAGUCGCACACCAUCGAUCUCUGCCGCCGCUAUUCACCCCAGAUUCUUCCUCGCACAUCGAACAUCCGCUCACUUCGCCCUGCUACUCAGAAGUAUCUACCCGGACGUCUGCCGGUCCCCCGUCCAUGAUCUCAGAUCACACAUCCGUGGCUUCUGCCUCCCCCAGAACGAUAACGUCCCCAUCAAUACCACCCAUUCCCGUGGAUAUCCACCCAAGUUACGACGAGCGACGACGAGGUAGCGCACCCGUCGUCGGUUUCACAUCAAACCAACACCAUGCAUACAGCUCCAUUGCCGGAGCGAAGAGUAUGGAGAUCCUAGCCGGAAGCAGCCCAAUUCGAGAUUGGCGCAGCUCUACGAGCGACCCACAUCCCCAUUUCCGCCCUCACAACCCAGUUCCUGCGUAUCAACAUCGUCCUCAGUCGGUCCCCGAUACGAAGACCCAUUCCAUCAUGACACAAGAUCGUGAUGCGAGAAUGGGCUUGAACAAUUUACUCAAUUAAUUGCCAAGCCUGUCUUCCGAAUAAUUUUCUACUUAUGACAUGACCUUUUGCUCCUUUUUCCCUCCGUCUCUCUAUAAUGGAAUGUGGACAAUGUCCGUUAUAUUUUCUUUGGGUGGUCAGGCCUGUUAUUACGGCUAUCUUUUUAAGCUAUUGUUCAACUAGCUAUUGUUACGAAUUCCUAUAUCCCCAAUGUUCUUCUUAUAAUUCUACCUCCUUCUCCUAUCCGGUCUACAUAUUCGAGACUCGAAGUUCUAUUUAUGUGGACAUAUCAAUAUCUAUUUUUCCUCCCGAAAUUUGUACCUGAACAUUGUGUGAUGGGCAGUGUCUAGUGGAUGGCGGCGUAUUUGCUGGGUUUGGACGAUAUUAGAAUAUUGGGUUGCAAAACGGGUUGGUGUGGAAUCGGUGGAGGAGGCAUAUCUUGGUCGGUUGGUUUUGGAUAUUUCUUUUUUUUAUUUAUCUUCUGCCUUACUUUUCUCCUUCUGAUACCUCUCUUACUUUUAUGUUUUGAUUUUUCUUUUUCUUUUUCUUUUUCUUCUUUUUUUUUUUCGCUAUUUAAUGUUGUAUUACAUGAUGCAUUUGCCGAAUGUGACUAUUACCAUCACGACUCAUUGGAACUUGUUAUUGUUCAUGAGAAAAGCAAGGAAGAGGAUAUUCCUCUUCCAUUCAUUGCAGAGAGUUACUUGGCUCAUGUGUUGAAGAAGGACUUCCCCGUCGUGGGCCACCAAACUACGUGUACAUGUAUCUAUUAUGUACAUACGUACACGCAUACAUAGCCAAUGUAUGUACCUAGAUAUGGAUAUAUUGCCAUGUCCUUUUUACGAGAAGAUUUCCUAAUCGAUCUCAUCUUGUGGCACAGCAAGGAUGCUAAAUGGUGACGCUCCAAUGUUACCAACCUUCACUGUUUUGAAGAGCUCUCUACUACCACCACCCUUUUUCUAUUAUAUUUUUAUUUAUAUUCAUUCAUUUUUAUUUUUU